UACCAGCAUACGAGACCAUGCCAAGCCAUCCUAUCUGCCUUUCCAAAAUCCUCUACAACGAAACUAACUUCGCUAAGCGUCGCCAUGUCAGAUUACCCACCUCAAGAUGCCUUCUACGGCGCCGUCGGAGGCGCCGAUGAAUAUCUAAGUACCAAUUUAAUAUUUGGUACACAAAGCUCCAAUGUCUGUGAAGAUGAAGAGUACAUUGCCAACUUUGAUUUGGAUCUUCUGGCAGCCGAACUGUGGCCUGAGUCGAGCGUGGCAGGAGCAGCAUCCGACUCGGCGUCUUCUGAAGGCAUUUUCAGUGCCACAUCUCUCUGUUCGCAAGACGAGGAUUUCUUGGGUCUUGGUGCAGUUAACCCCAAUGAUUUGUGUAGCAGUGGGAUGCAACCGCCAUAUCCAUCGUCUCACACCACAGACGAAUAUGUUCCUUAUGAGUAUUGCGAGCAACAGGCUACUUCCUCUUAUUCUUAUCAGCCACAGUUGCACCUUUCUCAGUAUGACAACAAACUGGGAGAAUCUUUUCAGCAAAUGAAUAUUUCUCAGCCAUACGAUCAGCAUUCUGAGUAUGCUUAUCAUAAUGACCAAGAAAUGGGUGUAUAUCUGCAACCUCAUCAACAUUCGGGUAUUUCUCAUGACUGGGGCCAACAGUUUGAUGUCUUACAACACCAAGAGGGUGUAGCUACUGCUUGUGUGUCUAGUAGUGGCACUUCAAAGAAACGGAAAGGCUGUCGGCAUCGGCAUCAACGUCAGUUCCUCAGCAGCGCUGAGGAACGAGAUCAGCGGUCCCGGGUCCUCAACAACGAGGCUUCGGCCAUUUACCGAAGGAAGAUGCGCGAUCUCCACGACAAAGCUCGCACGGAGCUUGAUGGCCUUAAGCAGAGGAACCAGCAAUUGACACAGAGGUUCCGCCUCCUGCAGAAGUUCUGCUCCGGAUACAAGGCUCGCUUGGAGGCUCUCGGCGUUCCAGUGACGGGCAGCUUCUAAUAGGUACACUGACACCGAAUCCAUAAGGACUGUAUGACCAAG